GAUGCAGUUAAAGAUGUUCAGAGGGUAAGGUUUGCAGUGGAGAGCAACAAAGAUGAGCUGAACUCAGUGUCCGAGGCGUUGAAGCAGCUCUCCGCUCUGGACUCUCUCAGCAAGAUGGUCUCCGAGCUCAAAUGUUCCCUCGAACACCUCAUCCACAACAGCUCUUCAGUAGAGGGGUGCUGUCCUCUGGCCUGGACCACCUUCCAGAGCAGCUGCUACCUGUUCAGUCAGACUCUCCUGUCCUGGGACGAGGCUAAAGCCUGGUGCAACGACCACGAGUCCCACCUGGCCAUCAUCCUCUCCGACGACGAGUGGGUCUUUGUCAAAUCUCACUCCACUGGAACCUACUACUGGGUGGGUCUGACGGACGGGAGGACCGGCCAAUGGGAGUGGGUCAACCACACGCCCUACGUCAUGAACCGCAGACGCUGGAUGCCCGGGCAGCCGGACGCUUUUACUCUUCACGGACUCGGAGCCGGAGAUGAAGAUUGCGCUCAUCUUCAUGACGACGGACGCCUCAACGACCUGCACUGCUCCAUGAGGAUUAAAUCCAUCUGCCAGAGACACAAGGGAGGCUAACAGCCCCUAACCUCUGAAUACCAGGAAGAUACCAAUAAAUAAUCUCAUGCCAACGGGCUGGUUCAGGUUAUUGAUCAGCUGGUUCAGGUUAUUGAUCAGCUGGUUCAGGUUAUUGAUCAGCUGUUUUAUUAUCUUUUAGUCCAACAGGAGACUUCAAAAACACACCUGCUAUAAAA